AAAAGGGAGGCUAAUAUAAGGAGUAAUCCUAAGCCCUAGUUUACAUUGAGCAGAACGUAGGCGCCGCUGAUCUCACUUCCCGGCAUUCGGCACCGGCUCUGCGGCUCACAGCUGCCAUGUCGUAUAGAGCUUUUCUCGUCCCCUCCACUAUCAGUCAAAGUAAAUACGGUAAAUAAUAAGGAGUAAUCCCAAAACUCGCUGCGGCACCACAACCCAUCACUGAUCAGAUUUAUUGUUUCAGAUUUGAGCGUUUUAGGGAUAUACAUCUGAUUAGAGAGAGAGAGAGAGAGAGAGGGAGGGAGGGAGGGAGAGAGAUGUCUGUAACAGCAGGCGUGAGUGAUACGGUGAUAGCUGUUAGGGAGAAACUUAAGGGUAAGAUUGGCCAGACAAAAGUGAAAAGGUAUUGGCCUGGCAAAGCCCCGGAGUGGGCAGAGGAAGGAGAGGAAGAUGAAGGAAUUAGGAUGUCCAGGGCUGCUGCCCUAGAGAAAACAUUCCCUAGACACGAUGGAUCCGAUGCCGGAAGAAAGGAUGAUCCAAGGUUGCGUAGAUUGGCAGAGAGUAAGAUAGAUGAGGAAGUGAGGGCUGAUCAUCGACGCAUCCGUCAGGCAGAGAUUGUUUCGACUAUUGAAGAGGAAACGAGAAGGCAGGAAAGGAUCAACGAGGAGGAGGAGAAUGAGGAUGCCCUGGAGGAGAAGAGGAGGAGAAUUAGAGAAAAGUUGCUUCAAAGGCAGCAAGAAGAGGCUCUCCCACAGGAAGAGGAAGAGGAGGCAGAAGAAUCGGAGGAAGAAGAAGAAUCGGAGUAUGAGACUGAAUCCGAUGAGGAGACGACUGUGAUAGCAAUGGUAAAACCUGUUUUUGUUCCCAAGGCUGAGAGGGAUACCAUAGCCGAACGUGAGAGGCUCGAGGCUGAAGAACUCGCUUUUGAAGAUUCUAGGAGGAAGAGAUUGGAAGAGAGGAAAGUCGAGACAAAGAAAAUUGUUAUUGAGAAGAUUCGAGAGGAGCAGGAGAUUCAGAAGAAUUUGGAAUCGGAGGCUAAUGUUGCUGAUGUGGACACUGAUGAUGAGUUGAAUGAAGCAGAAGAGUAUGAAGCCUGGAAAGCCCGAGAGAUUGCUAGGAUUAAGAGAGAGAGAGAUGACAGGGACGCUAUUUUGAAGGAGAAGGAAGAAAUAGAGAGGUUCAGGAACAUGACUGAGGAAGAGAAGAGGGAGUAUGAGAGGAGGAAUCCAAAACCUGGUGCUCACCCCAAGCCAAAGAUGAAGUUCAUGCAGAAAUACUACCACAAAGGUGCAUUCUUCCAGGCAAAUCCUGAUGACAGAGCUGGAACUGCUGGCAGAGAUGAUAUCUUCAGCCGUGAUUUCUCCGCACCAACUGGAGAAGAUAAGCUCAAUAAGACAAUACUACCCAAAAUCAUGCAGGUUAAGGACUUCGGUCGUAGUGGAAGGACUAAAUGGACACAUCUAGUUAAUGAAGACACAACUGACUGGACUGUCCCGUGGUCGAGCAAGGAUACACUUCGGGCAAAGUAUAACGCAAAGAUGGCUGCAGCAAAUGCGCCUAUCAAAAAGCCCAAGGGGAAGAAGAUGAAGGAUUGGGAAACACGUUGAGGUUUAUUUUUCAGUUUUAAUGUAAGAAUGUGAUUUCAUAUGAAACCGCUGAAAAGAUUUACGACUCUUUUCCCUGAGGGAAGAAUGGAGGAAUUCCAGUUUGCAGUGUUUGAAAGGUUAGGGCUAAAAUUGUACGGAGUACUAAUUGCAAUUCUAACUGAAAAUAAGUUUUCUUUCUAGGACAGACAAAUCAUUCGUGUUCGGCGCGGUUGCCGUCGUCACCUCCACCCUAAUUGUCGCUAUCUGCCAUGUAGAAUUUCAUCGGAAAUUCGUUCGUUGAUGAUGUCUUCGGUGCAGCCCCGCAAAUUCCAACAUGUCCACCUCCGACGAGCUCUGGCCACGACUUCUGCACUCGACCUAAACUCCUAACUAACGAUAAAGAACACCUCUAGCAAGCUCUUAGACCAGGUCUGAUGAAGAAGGAAGAAGUAAUAGAUUUUGAGAUCUAACUAUUGAUAUGCAAGACACAAGUGGUGUUGGCAUCGAUGACAGAAUACAAUAGAGGCGGGAGAUGUCAUUGUUGGUGGCAACAAUAGAUUGGAUUUAAGCAACAAAUUGUGACAACUAAGAUUCAAGUGACGGCGACAAGGGUGAGACAUUGGUGACAGCAUGGGAGGCGGCGCCGCUAGCGGUGCCGACAAGGCGUGGUUGAGCAGGUCGCUGGAUUUUUUGGGGUGUUUGGCCUUAUCAUGUUUUUUAUUUUUCUUUUCCUUUUUAAAUAAAUUUUGAACCUAUUU